GCCGAAGGGGGGUGAGGAGGGCGGGGUGGCUGAGGCUGGGUGAGUCGAUUGUGUUGGGCGGCCUGGCGCAGCGCCCGAGCGGCUGAGCUUGUGGGCCGGGGGGCGCGAGGUGGCCGUCAUGGCGGUGCCGGAGAGCCAGCUGAAGAAAAUGCUGAGCAAGUAUAAGUACCGAGACCUAACUGUACGGGAAACUGUCAGCGUUAUUACACUGUACAAAGAUCUCAAACCUGUAUUGGAUUCUUAUGUCUUUAAUGAUGGCAAUUCUAGGGAGCUAAUGAGCCUUACUGGAACAAUUCCUGUGCCUUACAGAGGUAACACAUACAAUAUCCCAAUAUGCCUGUGGCUGCUGGACACAUAUCCGUAUAAUCCCCCUAUCUGUUUUGUUAAGCCUACUAGUUCAAUGACCAUUAAAACAGGGAAGCAUGUUGAUGCAAAUGGAAAGAUCUAUCUUCCUUAUUUACAUGAAUGGAAGCAUCCACACUCUGACUUAUUGGGUCUGAUUCAAGUAAUGAUUGUGGUGUUUGGAGAGGAGCCUCCAGUGUUUUCACGUCCUACUGUUUCAGCAUCCUAUCCACCAUACCAAGCAACAGGACCACCAAAUACUUCCUAUAUGCCAGGUAUGCCAAGUGGAAUGACUCCAUACCCGCCUGGACACCCUCCCAAUCCCAGUGGUUUCCCAGGUUAUCCUUACCCACCAGGCGGACAGUACCCUCCAACCACAAGUUCACAAUACCCUUCCCAACCUCCUGUGACCACUGUUGGUCCCAGCAGGGAUGGCACAAUCAGUGAGGAUACCAUCCGAGCAUCUCUCAUUUCAGCAGUUAGUGACAAGCUGAGAUGGCGAAUGAAAGAGGAAAUAGAUCGUGCCCAUGCAGAGCUCAAUGCCUUAAAGCGUACAGAGGAGGACCUGAAAAAAGGUCACCAGAAGCUGGAAGAGAUGGUAACCCGCUUGGAUCAGGAAGUGGCUGAAGUUGAUAAAAACAUUGAAUUACUGAAAAAGAAGGAUGAAGAGCUGAGUUCUGCUUUGGAGAAAAUGGAAAAUCAGUCUGAAAACAAUGACAUUGAUGAAGUUAUCAUUCCCACAGCCCCACUCUACAGACAGAUCCUGAACUUGUAUGCAGAAGAAAAUGCAAUUGAGGAUACCAUCUUUUACCUGGGGGAAGCCUUAAGAAGGGGAGUGAUCGACCUAGAUGUCUUUCUGAAGCAUGUUCGACUUCUAUCCCGGAAACAGUUUCAGCUAAGGGCAUUAAUGCAGAAAGCAAGAAAGACUGCAGGUCUCAGUGAUCUCUACUGAAUUCACAGAUAUCAGCUGGGGAAUGAAUGAGUUUUCCCUGUGACAACAGUCUUGUCUCCUCUUCUCUUCCUGUCAGUAGGUGCCCAGAAUAAGUUAUUGCAGUAUCACUCAAGUGUAAGAUAUUUUGAAUCAAUAAUAUAUUUUCUCUUUUCU